AGAUGUCAGAUCAUGUCGGGACAAAAAGUUAAAAAUUCGGACAUUGCUAGCGAUAUUUUGAAGAUAUUGUGGGAUUUUUUUGACCAGGUGAAAAUAGCUGAUGGCCUGCCAUCUUCUGAAGAUGUCCAAAUACCAAAUGGCAUGAGUUCACAGGCACUGACUAGUUAUGUGGAGAGAGUGGUGAAACAGCUGCAGGAUGUUCUCAAGACCUUGAAGGAAAGCCAGUCAAGCCAAACUCCAAAGAGCCAUUGUGCUGGAAGAGACCAUGUUGAAGAAAAAACAGAGGUUGAACAAAAGAGGUUGAUUGAUCCAAGUUUGGUGCAGGUCAGAGCUGAUAAGUCAGAGAUUGAACGGCGGAUCACUGCAUUUAUUGAGAAAAAACAACAAGAGGUGGAUGAAAACAACAAAAGGGACUUUUGUAGUGUCUUCUCCAUUGAUACUGAGCCAGAAAACAGUUGUGCCCGAACUGAUGCAGUUUUUAUGGCAGGUUCCGAGGGCAAAGGCCAUGUGAAAGUUUCUCGGGUGGUAAACUCAUGGGGCCCACAGACCCGCAUGAAUUAUGACCUCAGCCUACAAGACCAGCCACCAAAUCUUGGCACUGAUCAGUCGUCUGCUACAUUAACCAAUGCCAUUCAUGACAGACUUCAAAACAUGGAGAAACAUCUCGGGAUGAAAGUCAGACAAGACAACAUGAAUAAUAUAUCAACGGCUGAAUUAUUUCAAAGGAUCAAGGAGCUGGAAGAAAGAAUUUUGUAUUUGGAGAGUCUGUCCCCAGAAUAUUUUAAUUCAAUACCAGCUCCAAAGAAAGCCAAAAAGGAUCCUUCGCCAGUGCCAAGCAGCCUCCACGAUGGCACGACUCAUAUCUACAGGGGGUUAUCGAUGAGUGAGAUAAAUGAAAGGAUCAGCAGUCUCCAGCAGAGUCUUCGACAGAAAGAGGGCUCUGAUUGAAAUUUGGCUCUGCCUUCCAAAAGAUUGAUUUAUCAUCCUAUGUAAAAAGCUGCCAUUUCGUUAUGUUUGAGCAGCUGAGGUGGCACUUGUGAUAGUUACAGAGUGCCAGUGUAGAGUGCACAACACGCAGUUUGCAGAAUGUUAGUGUAAUUUUGCCAAUUCAUCCAAUGAACUGUCCUCCAAGAACAACGCAAACAUCAUGUAUCUACAUUGUUAACCUGAACAACCCUUGUUUAUGUACUCCUCCUUUAAGUGCAAGAAAGA